AUGCCUCCCAAGAAGAAGGUCGAGCGUUCCACCACGGAGAACAUCCAGCUUGGACCUCAGGUCCGCGAGGGCGAACUUGUUUUCGGUGUAGCCCGCAUUUUUGCUUCCUUCAAUGACACCUUCGUCCACAUCACCGAUCUGUCUGGUCGCGAGACCAUCUCCCGUGUUACCGGUGGCAUGAAGGUCAAGGCUGACCGUGACGAGUCUUCGCCAUACGCUGCCAUGUUGGCGGCUCAGGAUGUUGCCGCCCGUUGCAAGGAGCUCGGGAUCUCUGCUCUUCACGUCAAGAUCAGGGCCACUGGUGGUAACGGCACCAAGACCCCCGGCCCCGGUGCCCAGUCCGCUCUCCGCGCUCUUGCCCGUGCUGGUAUGCGCAUUGGACGUAUCGAGGAUGUUACCCCUACCCCAUCCGACUCCACCAGGAGGAAGGGCGGUCGCCGUGGUCGUCGUCUUUGA